ACAUUGGAUUUACAGGAUGAGGAUAAUGGUUUAUAUGAUCCUUUUCUUCAGGGACAAAGAGGACUCCAAGGACCACAUGGUUUCAAGGGAAGCUUAGGACUACCAGGUCCAAAGGGAGAGCCCGGCCCAGAGGGUAAAGAAGGUCCUCGUGGACUCAUCGGACUCCCAGGGAUUGCAGGAGAGACGGGAUCGUCGGGGGACCAGGGAUCACCUGGUAGAGACGGUCUGAAAGGAAACAAGGGGGACUCUGGAGAUGUGAUGGGACCCCAGGGCCUGCCUGGACCCAAGGGAGAGCCUGGAGAGCCAGUAGCUGAACAUCUGGGAGAGGGGAUGACAUCUGGACCCAGAGGAUCACGAGGGCCAAAGGGUGAGCGUGGCGUCCCUGGUGUACCAGGAGACCUAGGGGAGAAAGGAGAGCCCGGUCUGGGCGUUGAAGGACCUCCUAGAAUCCCAGCAGUUACAACCCCAUCUCUCUAA